CUAUACGAUGGUGAUUUCAAGUGUGAUCUGGAAGAGAGCGGCUUUGUAGAUUACAACUCUCAAAGCACACAAAAUAUCUACGACACCGCUCUAGCUUCCGCUCCCCCUCCCCCUCUGCCUUCCCUCCCUUCUGCUCAUCCGUCAAUAUCAGAGUACUUACCUUCAACUUUCAUGCCCACUGAUACAUCUUCCUACCUCCAAGUUCGGGGUGAUGAGUCAUUCUCCGCCAAGUAUACUAAUAACGGUGGUGAAUUUCUCGGUGAUAAUCCGUUGGAGGAUCAAAUCCUACCUUCCCUGUCCGAGCAAAGCUACGACUAUGGUAUGCCGUCUGCCUCGGCAACUCAGAGCUUCCAUUCUACUGCUUAUGCUAUGGAACCAGCUGAAGAACAUCGCUUAGGAGAAUCUGAAAAUCAUAGUUUCAGACCAUUCAUCCAAGAUAGUCAUCCAACAAUAUAUACCUACCGGUCUUUGGCUCAAUCAACCCCUCAACAGAAUGAAGGCUUUAAAUUUGACAAUCAAAUCUACAUGACACAGGAAUUUGGAGGCGCGGAUACUUCUGACACCCAAACAAGAAUUUCUGAUGAUCUACAGACAUCAAACGACACACAAAAGGGAAGGACUGCUCCAAACAGCCAGUUGAACCCAAAUGCAGUGGCUAUCAUGGAUGAAUGGUACAGAGCGCAUCUAGAUAGGCCAUAUCCCAAUAAAGAGGAGAAAAUGCGGAUGGCAAUUGCUGGAGAUAUUACAGAAACUCAGGUAGGUUCGUGGUUUGCUAACCGACGCAAUCGCAGUAACAAUACACGACCGAAACAGAAUAUGAAGCGGCUAAAAGUGGCUAUUUGGAACCUAUGUUGCGAGUAUCAGGAGAUGUGCAACGGACUUGUUAAUGCCACGGAAAUGCAAGCAAGGAUUAUUAGCCUAAUCGAGCGGCACACUAAAUUCUAA